CCCAUCUCCUACAGCAUCGUCUUCGUGGUGGGGCUGCCCCUCAACUCCUGGGCCCUGUGGAUAUUCAUCUCCAGGAUGAGGCCCUGGAAUGCCACCACCACCUACAUGGUGAACCUGGCUGUGUCUGACAUGCUCUACGUCCUCUCCCUCCCCACCCUGGUCUAUUAUUACGCCGACCGUAACAACUGGCCCUUCGGGAAUUGGCUCUGCAAGAUCGUGCGGUUCCUGUUCUAUGCCAACCUCUACAGCACCAUCCUCUUCCUCACCUGCAUCAGCGUCCACCGCUACAUGGGCAUCUGCCACCCCAUCCGCUCCCUCAAGUGGGUGAAGACCAAGCACGCCCGCAUCAUCUGCGUGGGCGCCUGGCUCGUCGUCACCAUCUGCCUCAUCCCCAACCUCAUCUUUGUCACCACCAGCUCCACGGGCAACACCACCCUGUGCCACGACACCACCAAGCCCGAGGAGUUCGACCAUUACGUGCACUACAGCUCCUCUGUCAUGGCCCUGCUCUUUGGGCUCCCCUUCCUGGUCAUCGUCCUGUGCUACUGCCUCAUGGCCAAGCAGCUCGGCAAGUCCAGCCUCUCCAGCCCCAGCCCGCGGAUGCCCUCCUACAAGAAACGCUCCAUCAAGAUGAUCAUCAUCGUGCUCGCCGUCUUUGCCAUCUGCUUCGUGCCCUUCCACAUCACCCGCACCCUCUACUACACCUCCCGCUACUUCCAAGCCGACUGCCGGACCCUCAACAUCAUCAACUUCACCUACAAGAUCACGCGGCCCCUGGCCAGCAUCAACAGCUGCCUCGACCCCAUCCUGUACUUCCUGGCCGGGGACAAGUACCGGGGGCUGCGCCGGGGGGCCGCCCACCGGCUCCGGCCCGUGCCCACCUGCGACCUGGCCCUGGUGUCGCCCUACACGGACACCCUCACGGACAGCGGCCACGUGGCCAGUGUCACCCGAGGGACAGGGACAGCACGGAGCGGGGGCGGGUGCUGAGGGGCCCGAGGGGGUUCCAUGACCUCAUCUCUGG